AUGUGGCAUGACGUCAUCGCCCCGCCCCUUUCCCGCCACCGCACGAAGCAGGAGGAAGUGCAAGAGCAGCCUCAGAAGGAGGGGCAGGAGCAGCCGCAGGAGGAGGUGCAGGAGCAGCCGCAGGAGGAGGUGCAGGAGCAGCCGCAGAAGGAGGUGCAGGAGCAGCCGCAGAAGGAGGGGCAGGCGUUGAGGAUGACCAGCAGGAGCAGGUCUCACAGCAGACUCAGUGCUGCCCCCUGUGGAAACUCACUGAAGUCCUGCAGGAAACAGCAAAAAAAGAAAAGUCCCUGUGUGCAAGACCUCAGCAGAGAUCACAGAAUGAACAUUGAACCUGAAGAGUCACAUGACCCCGGUCUGACGGCGGGCGGCGGUCUGACGGCGGUGGUUCGACUCAUCAAACUCGGUCGCUGUAAAAACAUCGUGGUCGUAGCUGGAGCCGGAAUCAGCACGGCCAGUGGUAUCCCAGACUUCAGGACCCCAGGGACAGGUCUUUACUCCAACCUGGAGAAGUACAACGUCCCGUUUCCAGAAUCCAUCUUCAACAUCGACUUCUUCUCCGUGGAUCCGCUUCCUUUCUUCUCAUUGGCCAAGACUCUGUAUCCAGGCAACCACCGCCCAAACUACAUCCACUACUUCAUCAGGACCAUCCACCAGAAAGGACUGCUGCUCAGGCUGUACACACAGAACAUAGACGGGCUGGAGAAAGUGUGUGGGAUCCCGGAGGAGAAGUUGGUGGAGGCUCAUGGUUCUUUCUCCACCGCAUCGUGUCAUCUUUGUUACACUCCAUAUCCAGCUCAACAGGCCAAGGACGCCAUCAUGAGUGACCGGAUCCCCACCUGCUCCUUCUGCGGCGCCACCGUUAAACCCGACGUGGUGUUUUUUGGAGAAGAUCUUCCACAGAAAUAUUUCUUAAACACUGAAGACUUCCCUAAAGCAGAUCUGCUCCUGGUCAUGGGCACCUCCCUCCAGAUCGAGCCGUUCUCCAGCCUGGUCGACAGUGUGCGGCCCUCGGUGCCUCGGCUCCUGCUGAACCGUGAGGCUGUGGGUCCGUUUAUGGUUUCUCUAAGGAGGAAGGACCAUGUGGAGCUGGGAGACCUGGGACACCUGGUGCAGAGGUUCGCACAGCUGCUGGGAUGGAACCAGGAGAUACAGGAGCUGAUGAGAGCUGAAGAGACGCCAAGCACCACGACCUUCAGCAGCAGACGAGAAGCCGAGCCUCAGAACACAAACCCAGAGAGUAAUCUGCGGUAA